AUGUUGGAGCUUCGUUUAGUACAAGGCUCUCUGUUGAAGAAGGUUCUAGAAUCGAUCAAGGAUCUGGUGAACGAUGCGAACUUCGACUGCUCGAGCACUGGCUUCUCGCUCCAGGCCAUGGACUCCAGCCACGUGGCGCUGGUGUCUCUUUUGCUGAGAUCCGAAGGGUUUGAGCAUUACCGGUGCGAUAGGAAUCUCUCCAUGGGGAUGAAUCUCGGUAACAUGUCUAAGAUGCUCAAGUGUGCCGGAAAUGAUGACAUCAUCACCAUCAAAGCCGAUGAUGGAAGCGACACCGUCACUUUCAUGUUCGAGAGCCCCACACAAGACAAGAUUGCAGAUUUUGAGAUGAAGCUGAUGGAUAUUGACAGCGAGCAUUUAGGAAUACCUGACGCUGAGUACCAGUCGAUUGUGAGAAUGCCCUCUGGUGAAUUUUCCAGGAUAUGCAAAGAUCUCAGUACCAUUGGUGACACUGUUGUGAUCUCUGUGACGAAAGAAGGGGUGAAGUUUUCAACAGCAGGUGAUAUCGGGACAGCGAACAUUGUACUCAGGCAGAAUACAACUGUGGAUAAACCUGAAGAUGCGAUUGUGAUAGAGAUGAAUGAGCCUGUGUCGCUUUCGUUCGCAUUGAGGUACAUGAAUUCAUUCACGAAGGCGACUCCUUUGUCUGAGACCGUGACGAUCAGUUUGUCAUCAGAGUUACCUGUUGUGGUGGAGUACAAGGUGGCUGAGAUGGGUUACAUUCGAUACUAUUUGGCCCCUAAGAUCGAAGAAGAAGAAGACACUAAUCCUUAA